UGAACAGAUAAGUGAUCUAACAUCUGGUUCCGCUGUUCUUCCAAAUAAUAUCUUAACCCCUUAAAAUCUCUCUCUCGUAACUCAUAUCUAAACCUUGUAAUUUCUCUCCUCUCUCUAGCAAUUUGAACAUGGCGAUUGGUCUCUCACACCACCUCCUCCGUGUUCACACUCUGCAGCACAACAAUAGUUGUUUAUGCUACUCUUCCAUUCCACCCUCCAAACCUCCAGCAACACUGGUACAAAACCCUAAUUGCUCUCUUCGUACUCGGACAGUCCCUAAAUCUUCACCUCACAAAAACCCUAACACUUCUGUCGAUGCCUCGGCCCAAGAAUCUAAACCCCCAAUAUCUCGUAACGGGGUCAAGAGACCUGACCCAAGUUCGGCAUCUGAUUCAUCGUUUUCCAGUUCAUUUUCUUUUAUUCUUCGUCCAAUAAGAGAAAAGCUUAAGUUUGAUGAACUUGGAAUGGAGAUUUUGGCUAUUGCAUUGCCUGCUGCACUGGCUCUUGCCGCUGAUCCAAUCGCGUCAUUGGUUGAUACCGCAUUUGUUGGCCAUUUGGGAUCGGCUGAACUGGCAGCAAUUGGUGUAUCGGUUUCUGUAUUUAAUUUGGUGUCAAAAUUGUUUAAUGUCCCUUUGCUCAACGUCACCACGUCCUUUGUUGCUGAAGAGCAGGCAUUAGUUACAAAGGGUAACGAUGAGUCUGUUAAAUUUGACCAAGUGGCUGACCAAGAAAGCAAGAAAGUCAUUCCUUCAGUUUCGACCUCUUUACUACUAGCUGCUGGUAUUGGCAUUGCAGAAGCUGUAGCACUGUCAGUUGGCUCGGGUUUCUUAAUGAAUACCAUGGGUAUACCUGUUGAUUCCCCAAUGCGGGUACCAGCUGAACAAUUUCUUUCCCUAAGGGCCUUUGGUGCUCCACCAAUUGUAAUAGCACUUGCUGCACAAGGCACUUUUCGUGGAUUUAAGGAUACAAAGACACCUCUUUAUGCAGUUGGUGCUGGCAACUUACUGAAUGCAAUAUUGGAUCCAAUUUUGAUUUUUCUCUUUGGUCUUGGCAUUAGUGGUGCUGCAAUUUCUACUGUGAUUUCUGAAUAUUUGAUUGCUUUCAUCCUUCUAUGGAAGUUGAAUGAUGAAGUAUCACUUGCUUCUCCAAAUAUUGAUGGGAAAAGAGUUGCCCGGUAUCUAAAAUCUGGUGGACUUUUAAUUGGCAGGACUGUGGCAGUGCUUCUAACCUUGACGCUAGCUACAUCUAUGGCUGCAAGGGAGGGCCCCAUACCUAUGGCUGGUCAUCAGAUCUGCUUACAAGUUUGGUUGGCAGUAUCUUUGCUUACUGAUGCUUUAGCACUUGCAGGGCAGGCUCUUCUUGCCAGUACUUACUCCCAAGGGAAUUAUGGUCAAGCACGCGAACUGAUUUAUAAAGUUUUACAGAUUGGCUUAGUAACGGGAGUUGCCUUGGCUGUUAUGUUGUUCCUGGGGUUUGGAGCAAUCUCUAGCUUAUUUACCACAGACUCGGAAGUUCAGGAAAUUGCAUGGUCUGGUACCUUGUUUGUUGCUGGAUCUCAGCCAUUGAAUGCUCUUGCUUUUGUUCUCGAUGGGCUCUACUAUGGGGUUUCAGACUUUGGAUACGCUGCAUACUCCAUGGUGCUUGUCGGUAUAAUAUCUUCAGUGUUCUUACUUGUGGCUGCUCCCAUAUAUGGGCUUGCUGGAGUGUGGGCAGGGUUGUUUCUCUUCAUGACUUUGCGUGUAGUAGCUGGAAUCUGGAGAUUAGGAAGAAAAGGUGGACCAUGGAAAUUGCUUCAGGAAGGUGUCUGAUCUGCAUAAACUGACCAUCCAGUUUUUUCCAUUGUUUGCACAUGAUGGUCAAUGCCAUUGGGCAUGACAUGAGAAGCAGUCCAUAUAUUUAUUCGUAUCAGGCAACUUACUUGCAGCAAUGCCUAUUGGUUUUUACAUAACAAUAUCUUGGGGGCUAGCCAAUUCCACAGGUGGGAAUGGCUUUUAGGUAGCUGCUAGUCGGUUAUCGGGAAGAUAUAUUGCGGCCACUAUGAAAAUAUUGGAUGUUAAAUGUUUAAUGCUGUCAAGAGGUGGUGGAAAUGGUUCUAGAGGCAAAUGUCUUCUUUUCCAGAAUUUAGUCAUCAUUGGGUAGAUUUGAACCCACUUUUUCUUACUUUCCAGAUUUGACCCAAAUAGGAAAAACAAAAGAUUCUUAGAUCAGAAUAUCUUUUUGCUUCUCUCCAGACUCUCUGGCGGCUUAACAUGUUUAUUGUUUAGAUCUUCUACAAUACAACAUCCGUCAACUUGAUCUCCGCGAAAUGUAAGAAUAUUUUUUACCAACUGCUUGUUAAAUUGAUUAUUACAUGUUUCA